UUUUAAUUGAUAAUAUACUGUAAGUAGGUGUAUGGAAAUAAUAGAUAAGUUGAAUAAGAUGAAUUUUGGGAAGGAUGGUUUAAGUAUUGUAAUAGAAAAUAGAUAUAGAAAAAUAAAAGAGAGAGAUAAUGAAAAAUAGAAUUGAGAGUAAUAGG